ACCAACUGACACGUGUCAAAAUGGAGGCACUUCUCGUGUUCGUAGAGUUCUCCUUGGCGAUAUUACUCUGCUUUGUAGCCAUACACUGGUACUUUCGGAGGAAACCGACGCCAAUAUCGGUAUGUAAGGAACCACAAGCUGCGUAUGACUACAUCAUUGUCGGUUCAGGUUCGUCCGGCAGCGUGGUAGCCUGUCGUUUGGCAGAGGACCACUCAGUAACAGUCUUAGUGCUAGAAGCUGGUGACUUGGACACCAAAUAUGAGGAUGUCAUCGUGCCGAGGAAUAGUCUAGCACUGUGGGACCAUCCAGAAGCAGACUGGGGCUAUCUCACAACACCCCAGAAAUCGUCAUGUCUUUUGUAUAAACAAAAUCAAUUCCAUUACGCACGGGGCAGGAUGCUGGGUGGCUGUAGUUCCAUGAAUAGUCUGGCUUAUGUCCGAGGAAAUCGAGAUGAUUACGACAGCUGGGCAAGGAAUGGCUGCGAUGGAUGGAGCUAUGAUGACGUCCUACCAUACUUUAAAAAGUCAGAGACGACAACUGAUGACGAGCUUCUUCAGUCUGGCUUCCAUGGUGGCGACGGCCCACUUUAUGUCAGCGCACGUGAUGUUGAUGACUGUGCGAUAUCACAAACGUUUGCCGCGGGAAUGGAGGAGUUGGGGUAUGGAACUAACUGUAUUAACGGCGACAAGCAGUUAGGGUACAUGUUCAUGCAAGAAAACAUUAAGGACGGGGAGAGAUGGAGCUGCGUGGACGCAUACCUCAAGCCAGCAGUUCUAAAGGGGAAUGUUGAUGUCGUGACGAACGCCCGGGUUACUAAGAUUGAAAUUGAAGAUGGUAAAGCCACAGGAGUUAAGUAUGUUGAUGGGACGGACACAUCAUGCUUCGUUCGUGCGAAGAAGGAAGUGAUACUGUCAGCAGGGGCGUUCGCGUCACCGCAGAUUCUGAUGUUGUCGGGAAUUGGUCACAGGGAACAUCUUGAAGAAUUGGGGAUUCCUGUUGUGGCUGACCUGCCUGUUGGUGAUAACCUUGUAGACCAUGUCGGCAUCUUCGGGCCAGAUUUCCUCCUAGACAAGCCCAUUACUUCUACAGUGGCCAAACCUAAUUCCACAAUGGAAAAGAUGGCUUAUAAACUAUUCAGGCGAGGGCGCUACGCCUCGACUGGAGUCCAAGGCAUGGGAUUCGUCAAAGGAGGAACGGGCAAUAUGUAUAAGGGUCGAGAGACAGGGAAUCCCGACUUGCAGUUUGUGUUGCUCGACUCCCUAAUGGGAAACGACCCCGAUUUUGGAGAGCUCAUGGAGAAGAGCAUGAACAUUUCAAGCGGAACGUUAACAGAUUAUUUUGCCGACAGGGCGGGUAGGCAUGGCGUGUCUCUUCUCAGCUGCCUACUCAAGCCCAAAAGUAGAGGCACCGUUCGAUUGCGGAGUUCAGACCCACUUGAUUUACCACUUAUUGAUCCGAAGUGGUUGGAGGAGGACCGGGAUGUGGAUGUGCUGGUCAAAGGUCUGCAGGAGAUAACCGAGCUGGCAGACACCGAGGCCCUGGCCGAAUUUGGUUUGAGCAUUCUUAAAUCAAAACCUGCAGUGUGUUCGAACCUUGAGUGGGGCAGUACAGAAUACUGGGAGAAAUACAUUCGUAACAUCACCUUCCAUCUCUGUCACGUGGUAGGAACUUGUAAGAUGGGACCAGAAGAUGAUCCGACCACUGUUGUGGACUCGGAAUUGAGAGUCCACGGUAUCGAAGGCCUUCGCGUGGUUGAUGCCUCCAUCAUGCCUGACUCUCUUUGUGCGAACACUCAUGCGACCUGUGUCAUGAUUGGAGAAAAAGCUGCAGAUUUGAUUAAAGGCGCAUACUUCUCUUAAACAACUUCCAUGAACAUAGCGCUUCUGCCAAGUUUCUUCGUGUACUUUGCCAUACGGUAUUCGUUCUUUAUAGAGCGAGCGUACAUUCUUGGACUUCCUAACAUUUCUGUAUUGAUAAAGCACACAGUCCGUUAUCUCAGACUUUCGUUUAUAAUCUGGACGAUCGCUUUAUAAUCAAAGAACAGUUUUGAUAUCUAAGAAUCUCAUCUAUAUAGUGUAUACUCUACCAGAACGACAAUGAAUAAAGCACACAGCUAUCUUUUUGUC